AUGGAUUCAGAAGAGGCUGCUGACCUGGGAGUGCAGCCCACCACCCCCACAAACCCCACCACCCCCACAAACCCCACCACCCCCACAAACCCCACCAUCACCACCAUCACCCCUGCAGCCCCCGCAGCCUCCGCAGCCCCCACCAGCUGCAAGAAGAGCAGGAAGAAAAAGGAGAAGGCCGAGGCCGGGGAAGCUGCUCGGGAGGGAGGGGACGAGGCAGGGCGGGUGGAUGCCAUCAAGGGCCUCACACGAGCCGGGCAGCGGGCGCUGGCUCUGGGCUCCGGGCGGGAGGCAGUGGAGUGCUUCAGGAAGGCCCUGCUCCUCUCCAGGGACACGGUGAGCCCCCAGCUCCACAGGGCUUGUGCCUUCAACCUGGGGGCUGCCUACGUGGAGACUGGGAAGCCCAGAAAGGGCCUUGAGUUCCUCCUCCAGUCCCAGCCCUCAGAGGUGGAGAGCAGGGACCACCUGGGGAGCCUUUAUUUCAGCAUCGGGGCGGCUCAUGAAGGGCUCCAGGAUUUUCCAAAGGCUCUGGAGUGUUCUGAGAAAGUCGCCGGGCACGCCGGUGCUGCGCAGGCUGGCCGAGCAGGGACCUGUGUGCAGAUGGGCUGCUGCUACCUGGGCAUGCGGGAGCCGGCCCGGGCCGCUCGGUGCUUCCUGGACGCGGCGCAGACCUACACGGCGGCCGAGAGCCCCGAGGCCGCGGCCGUGGCUCUGAGCAGGGCGAGCGGCUCCAUGCUGCAGAGCCGGCGGUUCCGGGCGGCAGAGAUCGCCAGGGUCCUGGCCCGGUGCCGCUCGCUCUGCGAGACCAUCCCCGACCCGGCCCUGCGAGGGAAACUCUACAACGACAUCGGCCUCGGCUACUCCCAGCUCCACAUCUUCUCCCUGGCUGCCGAGAGCUUUGAGCGGGCCCUUGCGCUGUGCGGUGGGGAGCGGCAGCGGGACCGGCGCCGGGAGGCUGCGCUGCUGCAGAAUUUGGGCGCUGCCCACAACGCCCUGCGCAGCUUUGGCACGGCGCUGGGCUGGCACCGGCGAGCGGCCGAGCUGCACGGUGCUCUGGGGAACCGGAGAGCCCAGGGGCAGUGCUUUGGGAACCUGGCCUACGCCUGCAGCCAGCUCGGGAACCACGGGGCUGCCGCCCAGAGCUACCUGCACGCCCUGCAAGCCUUCCGGGACUCGGGGGACUUGCAGGGGCAGUGGCAAGCGUGCGAGGGGCUGGGUGCAGCGUGCUUCCACCUGGGCGACCCCCAGAAAGCCAUUGGGCACUAUCAGGAGGCCCUGAUUUUGCUUUCCCACUGUCAGGACAGCCCCAGAGCUGCCCACAGACGGGUCGUGCACAAGCUCACGGAUGCCAUCCAGCACCGACUCCACCUCAGCCACCUCUCCUACCGAGGGCGCUGGGCACUCGCCCCAGCCCUGGUGAGCAUCACCAAGGGCAUGGGACACUCUGGAGGGCUGGGAACUGGGAUCCCAGUAGGGGUUGUGACAAGAGGUGCCUGA